AAUGAAGUCCUGGGCGUGGCGCACACACCCCGGCUCCCGGCACGGAACGGGUGCGGGGCUGGGCCUCGGCCGGCCCCGGGGGAGCGAGUGGGGCGGGGCCGCCGCGCCCGCCUUCUCCUCCUCCCGCCGCGCGGGCUCAGAGCGGCGGCAGCAGCGGCCGCGGCGACGUCUCCGGCUCCCGCUCCGGCUCCCACGCUCCCGGGCCCCGCGCCCCGACCCCGCCGCCGCUCCUGCCGGGGGCCUCGCGCGCCCCCUCCGCGCUUCACGCUGAAGUUCCUGGCCGUGCUGCUGGCCGCGGGCAUGCUGGCGUUCCUCGGUGCCGUCAUCUGCAUCAUCGCCAGCGUGCCCCUGGCGGCCAGCCCCGCUCGCGCGCUGCCCGGCGGCACCGACAACGCCUCGGCCGCCGGCGCCCCGGGCCCGCACCGCAGCCUGAGCGCCCUGCACGGCGCUGGCGGCUCGGCCGGGCCCUCGGCAUUGCCCGGGGAGCCUGCUGCCAGCGUCUUCCCGCCGCCACCCGGGCCGCUGCUCAGCCGCUUCCUCUGCACGCCGCUAGCCGCUGCCUGCCCGUCGGGGGCCGAACAGGGGGACGCGGCGGGCGAGCGCGCGGAGCUGCUGCUACUGCAGAGCACGGCGGAGCAGCUGCGCCAGACGGCGCUGCAGCAGGAGGCGCGCAUCCGCGCAGAUCGGGACACCAUCCGCGAGCUCACCGGCAAGCUGGGCCGCUGCGAGAGCGGCCUGCCGCGCGGCCUCCAGGACGCCGAGCCGCGCCGCGACACCAUGGCCGACGGCGCCUGGGACUCACCAGCGUUGCUCCUGGAGCUGGAGGACGCGGUGCGCGCGCUGCGGGACCGCAUCGAGCGCAUCGAGCAGGAGCUCCCAGCCCGUGGGAACCUCUCCUCGGCAUCGGCCCCAGCCGUGCCCAACUCCCUGCACUCCAAGAUGGACGAGCUAGAAGGGCAGCUGCUGGCAAAGGUGCUGGCACUGGAGAAGGAACGCGCUGCCCUCAGUCACGGCAGCCACCAGCAGCGACAGGAGGUGGAGAAAGAGCUGGAUGCCCUGCAGGGCCGCGUGGCAGAGCUGGAGCAUGGGUCCUCGGCCUACAGUCCCCCAGAUGCCUUCAAGGUCAGCAUUCCCAUCCGCAACAACUACAUGUAUGCCCGCAUUCGCAAGGCGCUCCCGGAACUCUACGCCUUCACUGCCUGCAUGUGGCUACGCUCCCGGUCGGGUGGCACCGGCCAGGGCACCCCUUUCUCCUACUCGGUGCCUGGGCAAGCCAAUGAGAUCGUGCUGCUAGAGGCCGGCCCUGAGCCAAUGGAACUGCUGAUCAAUGACAAGGUGGCCCAGCUUCCUCUGAGCCUGAAGGACAGCAAUUGGCACCAUAUCUGUAUUGCCUGGACUACCAGGGAUGGCCUGUGGUCUGCAUACCAGGAUGGUGAACUGCGGGGCUCUGGUGAGAACCUGGCAGCCUGGCACCCCAUCAAGCCACAUGGUAUCCUUAUCCUGGGCCAAGAACAGGAUACCUUGGGGGGCCGAUUUGAUGCCACCCAGGCCUUCGUUGGUGACAUUGCACAGUUCAACCUGUGGGACCAUGCCCUGACACCUGCCCAGGUCCUAGGCAUGGCCAACUGCACUGGACCACUGAUGGGCAAUGUCCUCCCCUGGGAGGAUAAGCUGGUGGAGGCCUUUGGAGGUGCGAAGAAGGCCUCCUUUGAUGUCUGCAAGGGGAGGGCCAAGGCAUGAGGGGCCUCCUUGCUCAGGGCCCCUCCCUUCCUGUCACUUUGGGGACCUCCUCAGCCUGUCCAUGUGCUGGCCUUCCCUCCUACCACAUUCCUGGCCAUACCUUCCUCUUCCCAUCACUUCCCACACCUCCCAAAUGCCCUGCCCUGGAUGGAUGACCCCUCAGCCACCUGGGUAGGGACCAGUAUCUCAAGUCAUUUGAUCUAGCCCAGGGGAGUCGAGGCAGUACCACCUCCUGGCAAUGUUUUGGCUCUGUCUCUCCGCUUACACCCUCAGCCUCCCACCAGUAACAUCAGACCCCACUAAUUCCAACAUUCCCUGAGGGGUUAUGGGUAGGGGUGGCCUUUGACCCUCUCAACUCACGCUUCAGGCCUACACCAGGCCAUAGAAGAGAUGCCAAGAUGUAUGAGAUCAGACCCUCCUCGUCUGUCUUCCUCAGUUGCCCACCCACAGGGGCUAUGGGAUCAUCGCCUCCACAGCCCCCUCCCCCGCCCUCUUUGCAUCCGUUCCUUUGUGUGUUGUGGUUUGAAUGUUGGUUUCAUGUCAGUUCAAACCCCACCUCAAUUUCCAGGAUGUUCUCUUCCCAGCUCCCACCUAACAGCCAGGGACCAAGACCUUGGAGGCCAAAGGGCUGUAAUUACUCCCUGUACCUCCUGGCAACUUUGCCUACCAGCAUGGUUGACCACCCCACCCCCAUGCCUAUGACAGGACCUGGGUCACUCUAGCCUAGCCUGAGAGCAUCCAAAGCAGAGGCACUGUAACCCAGGAGACAUUUUCCUGCCAGAGCCCAAUGGCUUAGCCACCAUAUGAACUCCUUCUGCCUGGCCCUGGAAAGACCGGCGGAUACUGAGAGGGCGGACCUUGCUGCUGACUUGCUGUGUGACCUUCUGUAAGAACCUACCCUUUCUGGUCCUGGCUUUUCUCCUUUGUGAGCUGAGGCCAUAAUGUUGGUCGCAUCUGAGAAGGCUGCAUUUAGAACAUGCGGUGAGCCGUGAUACCUGGUGGACAGAGCAGGCAAAGACAGCACUGAAGGCCCAGUGGCUUUAGCACAGAAGGUUCUGGACCUAGAUAGCAGAUGGGAUCAAGCUAGGCUGGGGUUAGGAUCACAGCGGGCUCAAAGGGUCAGGAUCAAGGAUAAGGUUCAAGGCAGACCAGACACACAUAAGCAUUAGCUCCCAUUGGCUCCUUCAUCCUUGCUCUUCUGAGAGCGUCUCAGCUAGUGGCUUCCUGGUCUCUGUCUAUAAGCGAGUCCUUCUCAGCUCCCCCAGGAGCCCAGAAGAAUGUCAGUGCUGAGAAAGGCCACCAAAUGUGAGCUCCUGCUUGUGAAAGAUGCGGAAGAACAGAGAGGGCAAUGAACUUGUCCACGAUCAUACGGCCCAGGACUUCUGAAUCCUCCUCAGUGUUCCUCACUGUGUACCAUACUGCCUGUCCUUAAGGGUCUUUGAGCCCAGCUUAUUCCUGUGCAGGGAGGCAUUUGAGAGGACACCAAAUGCUUUUCAGAAGGUCACUGGGACAUCUCAAUGCGCCAGCCAUCCAGCCUCAGGAGGUGAGGGAAAGAGCCAGGACAGACAGAUGCCUGAGGAUACAGUGCCCUCCUGGUCUUCUCCCAGGCACUGAAGCAGUAGCAGGCUGACUGAAUCGGUGGGCACUGGUGCCCCCCACCUCUGCCUCUGCCAACUUUUGUCCCUGUCUGUGCUCCCCAUGGCCAUUCAGCCUGAGAUAUGACUCAGGAGUGGGAGGUUGCAGUCUAUGCCCGGGAAGUGUGUCCAAGACUUGCCUCUGGCCUGCAGAUCUGUUUCCAUUUUGAGAGCAACUACAUGGCUCAGUACCUCCAUCCCCAUCCCCUGAAGAUAGUUGCAGCUGCUUCACCCAGACCUGCUGAGAUCCCCGUUGCCCAGUAACAGCCAAUGACAUCAGCCCCAGUGCUGGGUCAAGUGUCUGUCGUUCAAGUUGUUGCUGGGUGACAGCUGGAUUCAGAACUUAGACCUCAGGGACUCUGAGCCUCAUCUGGCUUUUGCUAUUGUUCUAGAAGAGGUAGCUUUAAGGGGGCCUUGGGAGGACAGAGUCUUAGGAAGAAUGUGACAGAAACUGCCGGGUCAUUUGAGCCCACCAGACACACCAUCCUGAUCCUUUCUGCUUUGUCACAGUGGCAAUGAGAAAUGACACCUCAGCCACAUUCCCGUGCUGGGUUGCCCUGGUUCAACUCCAACCACCCCCCCCCACGCCAGGAGAAAGAAAUGGAGGCAUUAGGGCAUGUCUCUGAGUGUGGAUCACUAGGGAAAGGGCCGGCUCUCUAUUUCCAGAGCCCCCACCUGCCCUCGCCUAUUGUGUUAGAAACAUUCCCUGAGCAUGUAGACCCCUGUUUUGAUGCCUUCUGCUGCUCCCGACAAGACAGCUAUGACCCUGAACUGCCCCUGGGUCUGAUGAAGAUGGAGCUGGGCUUGUUAGGUAGCCUUAGACACUGGAAAUCCAAUCGGGCACUGUGUCUGCACUAUCUGGUUUGUCCUCAAAGCACAGUUAUGAGGUAAGGCUGGUCUUAGCCCAUGAUGCAGGAGAGAAGGGCGCACUCUGAGGGUAAAGUAACUUGCCCAGACUCGGCCAACUGGUAACAGUGCAGUUUCUAUUUGGAGGCAGGUUGUGUGCUCAGAGGACAGUGCCACCUCCUUUAGGGUACAGGAGCAGCAGAGAUGGGGUGUGAAGGGUCUCUCACGCUCAGGCCUCAGCCUCUACCUGGGCUGCAGUUUGCAGGGUGGGAAAGGAGGAAGGCAGGGCGAAGGUGGCUCCUCCUCAGCCUCCUGUUCUGGACAAGGCCUGUACCAGGUGCUCUAAGCUGAUCCCUGCCAGCUUCCCCACCUCUGAGGCAUGUAGUGCCAUUUCCCACGACCUAAGACAUCAUCUCGCUAUGGUUAAACAUGAUUGGGGACCACAAACAGGGGCUGAAGAUCUGUCGGAAGGAACUCAACCCUUGGCUUGCAGAUGGGGAAGCCAAAUCCUGGCUGGGGAGCUCACAUGACCCUUGACCCCUCUGACUGAGCUUCAUUUUCUCCAUUUUCCCCCAAACUGGGUCCCACCUACCCAUAAGUCCCAGCACCCUUGACCUGAAAAAAUUGGAGAAGUGUCUCCUCCCAGGUAAGGGCCUCCUCUCCUCACCCUUUCACUCCAGCUAUCUGCCACCCCCAGGCCCCGCCUCCCAGUCUAUCCCCUGCCCCUGCUGGGUGGGGAACCAGCUCCUUCCCAGACUGAGCAGCUAGCAUGUGAAGUUGUCGUCAGACACUGAGAUGAGUGCCCUCCACUGCCCUCUCUCCUCACUCUGCUCUAUUUUGUAUAUAAAUGACAUGAGAUAUUUUGUGUGUGUGAGUGUGUGUAUGUGAUUUGUGUCAUGGUUUUGUUACCAUUUUUGUUUUUGUAAAUUUGAACGUUCUAAAUAAACAUGUGGUUUACUCGGA